AUGGCAAUUACUAGGCAGCUAAUUAUCAAUUUGACUACGUCUGCAGUGGGUAUCUUUCUUUGCCUUGUUGCCUUGGUAACUCCUGGAUGGGGUUCCAUUCCGGAACUCUUUUCAAUCAGCAUUUUUUACGUAUGCUUUACAAAGUCUGGAGAAUGCUCUGCAACAGAAAUUUACGAUGGCGAUGUACCUUUAUACCUAAUUUUGAUAGACGUACAACUAGGCGGUGUUUUAGCGAUCGUACUUGGUGUAGUCGGUUGGUUGGCUCUUUUGGUGUAUGCCAUUUCCAACGAGUCAUCUGCCUCUUCGCCUGUUACAAGCGGCAUAAUACUGCUUGUUGCAUCGACAUUUGAAUCUGUUCUGCUGGUGAAAUUCGUUGUUUUCAAUAUAAUGGUUUUCAAAGAACUAUACAAAAGCGUCCAGUUUAUACUUCCUUACUCCAUAAUCAUUUCCAUAUUUGGUUUAUUCUUAAUUAUGUUUACGGUCGUGAGGAUUUUCAUUGGUAACAGACAAAGGGAGAACAAUCAUUUGAGGACAGAUAAUUCGCUGGUCAUCACCACUGAAACUUACAGUCAACUAGAAUUGCACAGGAUUUAAGGGUAUACUAGUAUACGAAUUGCCGCAGUGAGCCUUUUUAUGAAGUAGCUCAACUCUUAAUUUUAUCCCUUUAUAACAAAGAUUUUUCAUACCUUUACAGGCAGUGUUAUUUGUCGUAUCGUACGCUGCUUCAGUUUUUUUGUAGAAUCAAUGCAAGACCAUGUUGCUAUAUUGUUACAUAUACAUGUA